UAAAGAGGAACUUCUAAAUAUUAUUUUUACAAACUCAAGUUGCAAGAAAACUUGAUAUAUCUCAAAUCUCACAAAUUCUGGAGUAAGUUUGGCAACUAUCACCUCGAGCUGUCUUCUUUCUGCGGCAUUUAAAAUAAGGUUAUCUAACUGCGUUCAGUUUCUUCACUUUAUUUUUGUUGUUUAAAAUUUUAAAGUAUUUGUAGUUUUAAGUUUAAAAUAUGUCGUUAAUUGGUCGUAAAGCUUGUCGGUUAUUUAUUCAGGCAUCCCAAAAUGCAGCAAUUAGAAAUAUUCAUAAUACUUCGGCCGUUUGCAGCCCUCCGCCCGACAGAGAAGAACGCUUAGAGCAUAGAGUUACAUGCACCUUAAUACCAGGUGAUGGAGUUGGACCAGAAUUGGUAUAUGCGGUUCAGGAAGUCUUCAAGUCUGCAUCAAUUCCCGUAGAUUUUGAGACGUUUUUCUUUUCUGAAGUUAAUCCAACACUAAGUGCUCCUCUAGAACAAGUAGCUGCAUCCAUAGCAAAGAAUCGAGUAUGUGUAAAAGGUAUUUUGGCAACCCCAGAUUACAGUCACACAGGGGAAUUGCAAACUUUAAAUAUGAAAUUGAGAAAUGCCCUUGAUUUGUAUGCCAAUGUUGUACAUGUUAAAUCAUUGCCAGGAAUAAAAUCAAGGCAUACUGAUGUUGAUUGUACAAUUAUUCGAGAGCAAACAGAAGGAGAAUAUUCUGCUCUCGAGCAUGAAAGUGUGAAAGGAGUGGUAGAAUGUCUUAAAAUUGUUACCAAACAGAAGUCUCUAAGGAUAGCUAAAUUUGCUUUUGACUAUGCAACUAAAAAUAACAGAAAGAAGGUCACUGCAGUUCAUAAAGCAAAUAUUAUGAAACUUGGGGAUGGACUGUUUUUAAGAAGUUGUGAAGAAGUAAGUUAAAGUCCUUUUUAUGGAACUAAUUUGGAAAAAUUAUUUAUUUACUUUGUUUUUAAUUGUUUUUCAAUCAAAAGAAUGAAUUAACCAUAAAAAAUUAAGGCCUUGAAUAAUACCACCAAUAUAAAUUACAAACUACAAAGCCGUACAAUUGGUGGGUGUAUUAAAAGUUUGCACAACAAGUGAUUGCAAAAUUUAAAAAUGUUAUCAUUUGCAAGUUAAUUUUGACGACUUUUUUUAUUUUUCCUAAAGGGUGCAAGGCACACAUUUUCCGAAGCCGUGGGAAAAAACGUAGCUAAUCCUACUGCAAUGCUUUUAUGUUCUGCUAAAAUGCUCAAUCACGUAAAUUUACCAGCGUAUGGUGAGAUGAUAAGGAAUGCAGUGAACAAAGUUCUUGCUGAUGGAAAAGUACGUACUAAGGAUAUUGGUGGGCAAUCAAGCACCAAAGAGUUUACUUAUGCAGUCAUUAAUAAUCUCGUACCCCCACAAAUUUGAGAAAGGGUUUGUAUCGAGUACAAGACAGAAGUCACUAGUUAGCCCAGUUUUUAUUGAUAAUGAGUGAUCUGUAAUGUAAUGGUUAUUAUUUAUUUAUAUUUAAAGAAACGUGUACAGUUUAUUUACUUUAGAAAUUGUUAAAUUGAAAAUGUUAUAGAUGUUUUAAAAAUGUAUUUUAAGACCCAAACGUCUAGGCAGUGCAAAAGUAUUUAUUUGCUAGUAAUUUAUAUAACAAAUGUUUUAACAAAUUUCUUCGAGAAAUUGUGUGAUUAUCUAAUUUUAAAUCAUCAAUAAAAGCUCAACAACUUA